UAAAAUUCACCCCAAGUGCUAUCCCUUAGGGCAUAAAAUUCCCCCCAAGUGCUAUCCCUUGGGGUCUCUGGGGGUGUUCCAUCCCUUAGGGUGUACCAGGUAACUCGACCCCAAAAAAUACAAAUCACACUUCCAGUUACAGUUGUUUAAUCAAAUGUCAAUCUGUCGAUCUCAUGUCAACUUUUUAAUUCGAUUGUUUUAUCUGCUAACCCUUAGGGUUAAAAAAUUUAGAAACCACAUCCAUUUUGCUAUUCGUUUGGGUUAAAAUUCAUUUUUUCGACGAGCAUGUACAUUUUUAGAGUGCCCCUAACGCACACCUCCGGGGGGUAUUAGCGUACAAUUAGCAAGAUGGCUGCAUCUGUCUCCCGCCCCUACAAUACAGUGCAGGACAGUGCAGAAUGUUCGCUCCCUAAAUAAUUCUACUCUUGGGUUACCUGUGUAUCAGCAACCGCUGACCAUCAGUGUUGUCUUCAUCUUCGAUCAAAACACAAGAUAUGGGUGUCCGAACAUUUAUAGAAGAGUCAAUACAGAAGGUCUCACACAUCGCACGAUCAACAAGGAAAAGGCCUAGAUACCAUAUCGCCUCAGUUUACAAUCCUUCAACUGGUGAACCAUACAAGGUGUCUCCACCACACCCUGUGCCCGCUCAUAUACCAACACCCUGUUAUGCAGAAACAGGGAAAGUUCCACCACAUCCAUGGUCAGUGGAAAUAAAGACCAAACAGCAGAUUGAAGCUGUUAGGAAGUCUUGUCAAUUAGCCAGGUGUGUCAUGCGAAUGGCGAAGCAGAUUGUUAAGGUUGGUAUUACUACGGAGGAAAUUGAUUACCAUGUCCAUAAGGCCAUUAUAGAACAUGGUGCAUACCCAUCUCCACUCAACUAUAGAGGCUUCCCCAAGUCAGUCUGUACAUCUGUCAAUGAAGUGGCUGUCCAUGGUAUCCCAAACAGUCGAUGUCUCCAAAAUGGUGACCUUUUAAGUGUAGAUAUAUCGCUUUUCUAUGGUGGUGUGCAUGGUGACCUGUGCGAGACAUUCCUUGUUGGGAAUGUGGAUGAGUCUGGGCGUCGACUAGUAGACAUCUGCAGGCAGAGUCUCGAUGAGGCAAUCAGUAUAUGUGGACCAGGAGUAAGAAUGUCAACAAUAGGAAACACCAUCAGUUUAUUUGCCAAGAAGUCAGGGUACAGUGUAUCAGAGUGCUGCAAUGGCCAUGGCAUUGGUAGUGUGUUCCAUGCUCUGCCUGAUGUCUCACAUGUGGCAAACAAUAGACCUGGCAAAAUGCAACCUGGCAUGACUUUUACAAUAGAGCCAGUUUUGUGUGAAGGAUCGUCUAAACUGUAUACAUGGGAGGAUGAGUGGACUAUAGUGACGUCUGAUGGCAUGAGGACUGCUCAAUUUGAAGAGACUGUUCUUAUUACCGAAGAUGGCGUCGAGGUUUUAACAUUCGACUAUGAACAACAAGAGGCAUAAAUUCUCUAACCCUUGAUUAUUACUUGAAUGAAUUACAGUAUGUACUCAGAAUAUUCGCGUAACCUCACUUUUUAAAGGACUACUUCGGGUCGAUAGGAAUUUUCUUUUAUUUGCGUUCCUGGUAACUAAAGACUCUCAAUGGCCAUGAUAGCGCGAUUUGAACAAAAUAACAAUUAAUUUUUACCAAGAAACAUUUUAUUACUUGAGGUAGGAAACUAGCCUGAUUUUCAGCCGGGGCCUGGGUCCUAUGUUUUAGUAGGGCCCAGGCCCCGGCUGAAUAUCAGGUUGGAAGGAAACUUUAACUUUAACUUAAAUCCAUGUGUGUCCCAGUUAACCACUCUGUUCUAUUGUUCUAUCAUGUCCUGUAGUUCUAUCAUUAUUUUUUUAUCAAUCUAGCUGGGGCGAGUCACUAAGCAUAAAACGCGCAAGCAUCUCGAGUUGCGCACGAUGUAAAACACUUGCCAUUACAGUAACCCAUUCCCUA